GGGGCGCAGGUCGCCGGAUGCUGUUGCUGCGGCUACACAUGAUGUGGUGGCGCCCCGUGUUUGCGAGGCCUUGGCCCGCUCCCCGCCGCUUAUGCUUCCCCUGCCCUUGAACUGCGGUUUCCCCCGCUGAUCUUUGUCACUCGGGAUCACGCUGGGGACUGGAGUGUGGGCACAGCGUCCCGCCCACUCCUGCCGGACGGGGAGCCGAUCGGAUAAUACACCGGUGCGGAGCUUUGCGGUUGCAGAUUCGUCGGUCCAGGAUGAUGUGAUGUGACCAUGCCCAGUCUCAUGAUCAGUAACUCCACCUCCUCGUAUUAGUAACGGGGGCUUCUAAAAGAGAGUUUUUAGCGCUGCACCUCCAUCACUAUUAUUUCUGAGGCGUGUGAGAUGGCAGCAGAGGAGAAGAUCACAUCUGCUCUGGAUCUUGGGAAUGAACAGUCUCGCUCUCCCACAAGCCCGUCGCAUCUCACCCAUUUUAAGCCGCUGACUCCAGAUCAAGAUGAACCUCCCUUCAAAUCAGCCUAUAGCUCCUUUGUAAGCCUUUUCCGUUUUAGCAAAGAUGAAGGGAGACCCAACUCUUCAUACAGGCCAGAGCUAUCGCAGAGCGAACCACAAGUUACAGGAAUAAAUUGGUACAACCACCAAAACGAUGGACAAGCAUAUUUAAGGACACCACCGACCUACAAAAAGCAAUGUACAGGAGAAAACACUCGGAGAGCAUCUAGUGCAUCAAUAGUCAAAUCUCAAGGUGCAGAUGGCCAUAGGAAGCCAGAUGUCUCUAUGGGUAGCCAUGAUCCUCGAACAGCAGUACAACUGAGGAGCCUUACUACAGUUUUAAAGCGUUUGAAAGAAAUAAUGGAGGGCAAAAGCCAGGAUACUGACUUGAAGCAGUACUGGAUGCCAGACAGCCAGUGCAAAGAGUGUUAUGAUUGCAGUGAGAAGUUUACCACUUUUAGGCGUCGACACCACUGUCGUUUAUGCGGACAGAUCUUCUGUAGUCGCUGUUGCAAUCAAGAAAUUCCUGGGAAAUUCAUGGGUUAUGCUGGUGAUCUUCGGGCAUGCAGGUACUGUAGGAAAAUAGCUCUGAACUACGCACAUUCCACAGACAGCAGCUCCAUUGGUGAAGAUCUCAAUGUUUUAACUGACUCAACAUAUUCUGUCUCCAUAUUGGAUCCUAAUGAACCUAGAACUCCUGUAAGCGGGAGGAAAGCCAGCAGAAAUAUAUUUUUGGAAGAGGACCUUGCUUGGCAGAGCUUGGGUCACCAGGAUUCGCAGAAUAAUGCUUUAACAACACGUCUCACGGCUGUACAAGAAGAUGCAGGAAAGUCACCUGCACGUAAAAGAUCCGCAAGUAUCACCAAUCUUUCUCUGGAUCGAUCUGCUUCACCCAUGAUUCCUUCCUAUGACAGCUCAAUUAGUCCUCAAGCUUCCCGGGCAUACAUCAAAACCGAUCCCAAUGAAGAAGAAAGGAAAAUUCUUCUGGAUUCUGUGCAACUUAAAGAUUUGUGGAAGAAAAUAUGCCAUCACAGUACUGGCAUGGAGUUCCAAGAUCAUCGAUACUGGUUGCGAACGUAUCCUAAUUGCAUAGUGGGAAAGGAACUGGUGAACUGGUUGAUAAGAAAUGGACAUGUAACUACACGAGCCCAGGCGAUUGCCAUUGGCCAGGCAUUAUUGGAUGGGCGAUGGCUUGACUGCGUAACUCAUCAUGAUCAACUUUUCAGAGAUGAAUAUGCCUUAUACAAGCCUUUACAAAGUACGGAGUUUUCUGAGACACCAUCUCCUGACAGCGAGUCAGUAAAUUCAGUGGAAGGCAAUUCUGAACCAUCGUGGUUUAAAGACAUUAAGUUUGAUGACAGCGAUACUGAGCAGAUGCAGGAUGAUGGAGAAGAAAUCAUGCAAAGCUUUUCCAGCCCUAGCAAGCGUACAUCAGUAAGCAGCUUUCAGUCAGUCAUGGACAGCGACUCUGCAGCUUCUAUCAGCCUAAAUGUGGAAAUGGACAAUGUCAACUUUCAUAUCAAGAAACAUUCCAAGUACCCGUAUGUCCCAACACAUCCAGCAGAUCAGAAAGAGUUCCUGGUAUCUGAAGAUGGAGUACAACAAAUCAUCGGUAUAAGUGAUGCUUUUAUUAAAGAAUCUCUCUUUAAUCGUCGGGUUGAAGAAAAAUCAAAAGAUCUUCUUUUUACACCACUUGGGUGGCAUCACAGCUCCCUGGAACACCUCAGGGAAGAAAAUGGAGAGAAACAAGCAAUGGAGAGACUACUUUCAGCUAAUCAUAGUCAUAUGAUGGCCUUGUUACAGCAGCUUCUGUACAGUGAGUCUCUCUCAUUAUCAUGGAGAGAUAUAAUUGUUCCUGUGGUCCGGCAAGUUGUGCAGACUGUGCAUCCAGAUGUUAAGGAUAAUGAUGAUGACAUGGAUAUCCGCCAGUUUGUUCAUAUUAAAAAGAUACCGGGUGGCAAAAAAUUUGAUUCUGCAGUUGUAAAUGGAUUUGUUUGUACCAAAAACAUAGCCCACAAGAAGAUGAACGCUUACAUAAAAAAUCCAAAGAUUCUGCUGUUGAAAUGCUCCAUUGAAUAUCUCUAUCGAGAGGAAACUAAGUUUACGUGCAUAGAUCCCAUUGUUCUACAGGAAAGAGAAUUUCUGAAGAAUUACGUGCAGCGAAUAGUGGACGUUCGACCAAAUCUGGUUCUUGUAGAAAAGACCGUUUCCCGUAUUGCUCAAGAUAUGCUUCUGGAGAAUGGCAUCACUUUAGUCAUUAAUGUAAAACCAAAUGUGCUGGACCGAGUGAGCCGUGUAACCCAGGGUGAUUUGGUUAUGUCAAUGGACCAGCUUCUAACCAAGCCUCGGCUUGGUACGUGCCAUAAAUUUUUUCUUCAGCCAUUCCAGCUGCCUAACGGUCACACAAAGACACUUAUGUUUUUUGAAGGAUGUGCCCAACACUUGGGUUGUACUGUGAAGCUAAGGGGUGCAUCAGAAUACGAGCUAGCAAGGGUGAAAGAAAUUCUCAUUUUCAUGGUCUGUGUGGCUUAUCAUUCUCAGCUUGAACUUUCUUUCCUAAUGGAUGAGUUUGCGAUGCCUCCAAGUUUAUCUAAAAGUGGAUCAAUUAAUUCCAUCAUUGAUGGUGAGGCUACAGAUAAUGAUGGACAAGAUUUAUUUAAUGAUGAAAAGAUUGGCCACCUUUCCAAAGACUCUGAUGCUGCAAUCGAAGGCGUUUCCUUAGUAUCUGAAUUUACACAAGCUCCUAGUUUUGACUGUUCAACAGAAAAUACACUUUGUGAGGAAGAUAAACUGCUGAGAAAAAGUGUUUCUCAGGACAGUGUUUUUGCAAAGCCAGAAAGUUCCACACCUGAUAGCGCCCCUCCAGAUUUAGAUAUCCCUUUUUUUGACAUCCAUUCAUCUCACUCAGCUGAAAAUAAGGAAGACCAAAUGCCUGCAGGUGAUUAUCAUGCAUUUUUAAAUGAGCAACCCAAAUCACUAAAUGACUCUGCAGGGUGUGAUCAGUCAGUGGGAAAUGAACCUAAACUUUUCCGCGAUCCCCUUCAGGAUGAUACAGGUCUGUUCAUCGCUGAACAUGUUACUUCCUCUGAAGACAGACUAAAAUCCUAUUCUAUUGCAUUCAAGCAAGAAUUGAAAGAUGUUAUCCUUUGCAUAUCUCCUUUUAUUACAUUCAGAGAACCUUUCCUAUUGACUGAGAAAGGUAUGAAAUGUCCAACAAGAGACUAUUUUCCAGAGCAAAUCUAUUGGUCCCCUCUCUUGCACAAAGAUGUGAAGGAAAUAGAAUGCAGAAGAAAAAAGCAACUUCUUAAGGAUUUAACAAAUCUUCAGGGAUUAAAUGGAAACGUCCAGGCAAAAUCUACUCAAAUUCUACCUUCACACGAUCUGCUGAGCACCAGAAUAACUCAUUCCUUGGGAAGUAACCAAAGCUUGUCAAAGUUGUUAGCUGAUUAUAGAGCUCGAGGUGGUAGGAUAAAGAAUGAAGAAAUAGAUCCCUUCUCUCAGAGUAAAGAGGACAACAGUAAAACAACCAUGAAGGAUGGGGAUGAGGAAAUCCAACGAGGACAGACCCAGAAUGAAUUGAUGUGGGCAUCAAAGGUGGACUGUUUGAGCCCUGCGAACCACCAGAAGCUUUGUGUUCUUUUCAGUAGUUCAUCUGUCCAGUCAAGCAACGCACCAAAUCCAUGUGUCAGUCCGUGGAUUGUCACAAUGGAAUUUUAUGGGAAAAACGAUCUGACUUUGGGAAUAUUUUUAGAGAGGUACUGCUUUAGGCCAUCUUAUCAGUGUCCCAGUAUGUUCUGUGAAACACCUAUGGUGCACCAUAUACGCCGUUUUGUACAUGGCAAUGGUUGUGUACAGAUUGUACUGAAAGAGCUCGAUUCUCCUGUUCCUGGCUAUCAACACACAAUUCUUACCUACUCUUGGUGUCGAAUAUGUAAACAGGUAACUCCAGUGGUUCCACUAUCCAGGGACUCGUGGUCUAUGUCCUUUGCUAAGUAUCUGGAAUUAAGGUUCUAUGGUCAUCAAUACACCCGAAGAGCAAAUGCAGAACCUUGUGGUCACUCCAUGCAUCAUGAUUAUCAUCAGUAUUUCUCCUAUAAUCAGAUGGUUGCUUCUUUCAGCUUUGCUCCAAUUAGAAUGCUUGAAAUUUGCCUUCCGCCACUAGAAAUAUACAUUAAACAUCAAAUCCCAUCAAAACAGCUGAUUAUGCAGGAUUUGAAGGACUUUUCGCAAAAGGUAUCACAGAUUUAUUCAACUGUAGAUGAUCGCCUUGUCUCUCUGAAAACUGACACAUUCAACAAAACAAGAGAAGAAAAAAUUGAAGAUUUGUUUGCACAGAAAGAAAUGGAAGAGGCAGAGUUUCGAAACUGGUUUGAGAAAACCCAGGCAAGAUUGCUGUCCUCUCCAGUCGACAACUGUCAACAGUUGCUAUUUGUGAAUGAUUGCUUAAUUACCAAGAAGCAAAACUUGUGCGAGCUAUUACAGGCUUGGAAUAAUAGACUACAGGAUUUAUUUCAGCAAGAAAAAGGACGUAAGAGGCCUGCAGUACCACCAAGUCCUGGUAGAUUAAGAUCAACGGAAGAAACAAAGAGCAGUACACUGGAUUCUUCACCAAGAAAUUCUUCCUCAGGACUACAGAAUGGAGACAAAGAGGAUCGCUUACUGACCAAUAUGGCAGCUGCCUCUACAAACAAUGGCAGCUCUCAGUUACCCUCCAUGCCAGAUGCCUACACAGAACAACCAUCUGCUGGGCCUGUUAUUCCUACUGUGUCUAUUACCAAUGACCAAGAUGGAAAUAAUGUUGAUGAUGUAUAUGAUGGACACCUACUGGGCUCCACUGACAGUCAAGUGAAAGAAAAGUCAACUAUGAAGGCCAUUUUUGCAAAUCUACUUCCAGGAAGCAGCUAUAACCCCAUUCCUUUCCCAUUUGAUCCAGAUAAACACUACCUUAUGUGGGAACAUGAGCGUGUCCCAAUUACUGUGUGUGAGAAGGAGCCAAGUUCAAUUAUUGCAUUUGCACUCAGCUGUAAGGAAUACAAGAAUGCCGUCGAAGAACUUGGACGAGAAUCAGUGAAGAGUGGAAGUGAUGAGAGCAUGCAGCAAGCAAAUAAUGCAGACAGACCGAAGACCAAUAGUCCUGCAAGACACUUGGAAAGUAGCAGUAGUCAAGGGAAUCGCAGCACUGACUCUGAACAGACAUCAAGAAAGACUUCUGGAGUUUUAUCAUUUUUCCGAGGUUCAGGGGGUAGAAGCCCUGAUCUGUCCAUACAGAGAAAAGAGACUUUACAAGGUGCAGAUAGUGCUUAUUUCCAGGUCACACAAUCAGGGAAAGAAGGGGCAGAGAAUCAUGCUGCAGAGUCACAAGAUGAUGGUGAUGGAGACAGACAAAAGAAGCAGCUUGGAAACACACACGUGGAACUGCAAUUUUCAGAUGCUAAUGCCAAGUUCUACUGUCGAAUUUAUUACGCCGAGGAAUUCCACAAAAUGCGGGAUGUGAUUUUGGCAAGCAGUGAAGAUGACUUCAUUCGCUCUUUAUCUCACUGUGUGCCAUGGCAAGCCCGAGGAGGCAAAUCAGGAGCAGCCUUUUAUGCGACAGAAGAUGACCGCUUUAUUCUGAAGCAGAUGCCUCGCCUGGAAGUCCAGUCUUUCCUCGAUUUUGCUCCUUAUUACUUUAGUUAUAUUAUAACUGCUGUUCAGCAAAAGAGACCUACUGCACUGGCCAAAAUUCUGGGGGUAUAUCGAAUAGGCUACAAAAACUCUCAGAAUAAUGCUGAGAAGAAACUUGAUCUUUUGGUUAUGGAGAAUCUUUUCUAUGGGAGAAAAAUGGCUCAGGUUUUUGAUUUAAAAGGUUCUUUAAGAAAUCGAAAUGUUAAAACAGAAACUGGAAAGGAGACGUGUGAUGUGGUAUUACUGGAUGAAAAUCUUUUAAAAAUGAUUCGUGAUAAUCCUCUUUAUAUUCGAUCGCACUGCAAAGCUGUGCUGCGGGCAUCCAUUCAUAGUGAUGCAUACUUUCUAUCAAGCCACCUCAUCAUUGAUUAUUCCCUCCUUGUGGGCCGGGAUGACACAACAAACGAAUUGGUUGUAGGAAUUAUCGAUUAUAUCAGGACGUUUACUUGGGAUAAAAAGCUUGAAAUGGUUGUAAAGUCCACAGGCAUCUUAGGUGGACAAGGGAAAAUGCCAACUGUGGUUUCCCCAGAACUUUAUAGAACACGGUUCUGUGAAGCAAUGGACAAAUAUUUCCUGAAGGUGCCAGAACACUGGACAGGUCUGGGUGUGAACUGCUGAAAAGAUAAGGCAAUACUCAAGAUAACAUUACCGAAUGUAUACAAACGAAGAGGAUACAUGUUCAUCUUGAAAGGAAACAUUCCAUGAGCAACACUAAGUCAGAAACACUGAACAAUGAUGUUUCAUUACAGUAUUGAAUUGGAACAGGAAGAAAUCAUUGGCCAUUUUCACUGAGAAUGUCUUAAUUUUGAAGUUUAAUUUGGAUAAAUGAAAAUUCCUCUUUUGUAAAAAAAAAGAGUGCAUUUAGCAUUUCAAAUGGUCCUAUUUGAGGCUUAUAAAUAAGACCUGCAAAACUUGAAUUUUGCUUCUACUUUGUGCUUAAAAUAAAGAAUUGUAUGAUAAUGGUUCAAUUUAUUGAGGGUUUAUCUUACAAAAGCACAGAACUGCUCUCAGAUAAGUCAGUAUGUGUACAUACAUGCACUGUAAUUGCUCUUUAUAACUCUUUUUGUGAAAUAUAGAAAAUGCAUGUUAUAUAUGGGGUAUUUUUUAAAAAGAUUCUCCAGAGUGCAGGAGCUAUGUUUAAAACAAAACUUGCUACUUCAGUAUUUAGGCUAUACUGCCUGUAAGUAAAAGAUUGGAUACAUUUCAGUGUUGAUUCAACUGUCCCACUGCAAUAUGUAGCUGCAGGGCAGAUGAAGCUCAAAGUAAGUUUUCAAAAUUUAGAACUGUUGCCAUGAUUUUCAUGUUUUAAAAAGAACUUUGGAUUGUAGUAUUCAUCCAAUUGUUGCACUUUGUAUUUUUUUUGCUCUAAAACGGGUACAGAAAUAGAUUUGUAAAUAGUGCUUAAAAAUAACAAAUAAUGAUGUGGAUUUUCUUGCGCUCCUGUUUCAUGCCAUUAACUUUUUAGAACUAAUACCAGAAAGAAUUAUACAUCAAGUUAAUGUAACAACUAUUAAUGGUGCACUUUGAAAAAUUGUUUUUGAUCAUGUUCAGAAACAAAUUAUCUGCAUCUAAGAUAUGAAUUUAAUUGCAAGGUAAAAUUCAUUUCAGAGGCUUGUUCAUGAAAAAUACUAACAAAACAAUAUCCAGAAAUCUGGAGUAGCAAUGUACAGCUGUUCAGUAGAUUCUAUAAGGUGUUUUAAUGAUGCUCAAAAUAGGUUAACUUAUUCAAAACCUUGUGGAUACUUUUGGAGAAAAAAACUCUUAUAAGUGGAUAUUACAAUAAAAUAUUAAGAGCAAGUGUAUGACAAUUCACUCGACAUUUAUAUUGUUGAAGGCUUUAAAUUGAUAUUUCGUUAGGUCACGUGCAGUGACGUUUUAAACUAUCAUGUAUUCCAGGGAAAUGCUAGGGCAUUGAAGUUGCUGAAACUUAGCAGAUUUUUUUCUGGGAUUUAAAUUACAUUUGUAAUUUCAUACUCAUUUAUUACAUUUGUGAGCUUUGGUGCUACUUUGCAUUACUAGUCCUCUGUCAUUAAUCGCUCCUGUAAAUGAACUUCAUGUAUUCUACAUGCUAGUGUCUCUUUCCCUCUCUAAUGUCAAGAGAAAUACAGCAAGAAGUCCCAGAGAUGAACCAGGGGCCUCUUCCACUCUUAUUGGGAUAUAUCACCUGCUAAAACAUGAGUUUGGUAAGGGUGAAAUGAAGUAAGGCAGACAGAAACUGAUAUACAGCACAAAUACCAACAUUGACCUUUGGGACUAAAUAGCUUGUUUCUGCACUCUGUUAAUUGAAUAUAUUCACUGAUACUGAGGGUGAGUGAAAACUGCCACAUAUUUAUUUAAUAUUAAAUAGAUAUGAAGUAAUAUUUCAAUAUGAAUGCAUAUUUUCAUUUUUAAACCAUUUUCUAUUGUCAAUGUGAAGUAAUUAAGAUGUUUUGAUAAUUCUCAACAAAACAUUGACUAUCAAGACAUUGUAAUUUCGUCCUUGCACAAUGAAGCUACCAUGGAACCAAAUCCAACCCAAGUCUUGCUGCUAGCUUUAGAUUAUCUAUGUCUGACCUAAUGCCAGUUAAAGUAAUUCAAAAUAUUUUGAAAAUGUACAACCAUUUAAAAAAAACAUUUCUGCAAUUUGUUUACUAAACGUUAGACCUUAAUUUUUUUGGAAGCUUGGCACUAUAGUGGUGAUGCAUUAAUAGUGAAGCUGUAACUUGUAUGUAAAAUUUCCUGGAAAUAAUGGAAUAAAUGAGUU